AUGGCCGCGCUGCACUGGCUGGCGUGGGCCCGGCUCGCUGACUUUGCAAACCUCGUCCUGUACGUCGUCCUGCACGUCGGCAUGUUUUGCCAGGUGUCGCACGCUGCUGCGCACGGCCGCUGGGCCAGCAGCCGGUGGGUCAAGCUGCUGCAGCGCUCCGGUCUCUGGGUCUCGCCCGCGGCGCACCGGCUGCACCACUGCGAGCUCGACAAAAACUUCUGCAUCGUGAACGGAUGGGCGAACCCUCUCGUCGACCGGCUCUUCCGCACUCUAGUCGCGCACCGCUUGCCGCCGAGCAUGACUCCAGCGGUGCAGAGGGAGGUCUACAUUGCGCGGCGCGCGGCUAACGCCGUCGAGGCGCCGCCCUACCACGGGCUCGUCCCCGGGUAUCGCGAGAGACUCCGCCACAGGCAGAGCAGCUCGAGGAGCUGCCUGGCAAGGCCGAGGGCAGGCAGGUAG